UUCCCCAUGUGGACGUCGCGAACUGUCAACACAGACUUGUAGACAUUACCUCCGAGAGGAAGGAAAGACGCUCGUUUCAGUUGUGUGUGUGUGUGUGUGUAUGUGUGUGUGUGCGCGCGCGUGGGGGUGUGCGUUUUCUUUUUCCUCAAACUUUCCCAAAACGCCCCUCGGCGCAUUCUGUGGAAGCUAACGAGACAAAAGAUGAAGGUUGUCGGAUCUACCUGCGCCCUGAAGAGCAAGGUCGGCGGAGAGAUCGGCCUGUCCGACCAGAGCCUGGCCAUCACCAAGUGCAAGAUCCCGCUGCUGGACGAGCAGAUGAACGUCUUCCUGCAGGACAUGAACAGCUGCUACAGCAAGCUGAAGGAGCUCGUGCCCACGCUGCCCACCAACAAGAAGGCGAGCAAGGUGGAGAUCCUGCAGCACGUCAUCGACUACAUCUGGGACCUGCAGGUCGAGCUGGACGAGCCGGAGAAGAGCCGCCAGCAGCACUCCGUCCCCCGCACGCCGCUGACCACGCUGAACGCGGAGCUGGCCAGCAUCUCGGUGGAGAACGGCUGCUCAGAAGAGAGGAUAAUGUGUCGCUAAGAGCAGAUGGAGCAUCUUCCCCACAUCAACCCCUCAAAAGCCGUGCGCCCCGGCGGAGGACCAACAAGGCGAACCCGGUGUGACAUUCUGGGCAAACGUCGAAAUCUAGCGCCUCGAACUGUGUAGGGGAUGUUGAAAACUCUCCCAACUUAAAAAAAAAAAAAAGAAAAAGAAAAAAACUUUACAAAAAGAAAAAGAAAAAAAAUUACAAAAAAAAAAAAAUUAAAUCAAAAGCUAGAAAAUCAAGACUGGACAUCCUCCGGCCGCGGUGGACUCUUGUCACUCGCAGCUCUCGAUUCAUCCGGGGGCUCUGAGAGCAGCGGUGUCCAGAUCUAGAGAGCCUGGGUCAGUCAGAGGGACCAAGACAAAGUUCAGAGCAACCAGCGACAGGCUGCUGCUGCUGCUUGUAGAGUUUCGAAAAAGGAAAAAAAAAAAAAAGCUUGUGUUUCUGUCGCGCUCUCUCUCUCUCUCUCUCUCUCUCUCUCUCUCUCUCUCUUUGUAUUUUGUGUAAAAUCAUAUAAAGAAUUCAAACAUUUUGUAAAAGAAGAAGAAAAAUUUAUUUCUCAGAUUCCUGAGUGACAAACUGUAUUGUAUAUUACAAUGCCACAGUAUGUGAAGAUAUUGUUUUCUUACAAUGUACUUUAUUUGCGUUUUUAUUAAAACAAGAACACUAUUUUUUGAACAAGAA